GAUCAUUUUUUAAACAUUCCCUUCGCUUACAUUCAACAUGAGCGCGUCAGCACCCUUGGCGCCCGAGGUGGCCGCUCAAGAUAAGGGCCCUUCCAUUAUAGCAGCUAGUUGCGCCGUUACUGCUAUAAGUACGCUCUUUGUUAUUGCCAGAUUAUACGUCCGUGUCGGGAUAAUAAGGAAUUUCCAACUUGAUGACUACUUCGUUACAGCCUCGCAGAUUUUCGGAUGGCUCACCGUCGCUUUCGCCGUUGCCUCCGUGGAGUCGGGUAACGGUCAACACACGGCUAUCUUAAAACCAGACCAGCUUUCCGGCGCCGUGCUAUGGACCAUGGUGGGAUUCGCGCCAGGUGUUAUGUCUUUCAGUAUCCCGAAGCUUGCCGCCAUCACCCUGUUGACAAGGCUCCUAAAUCCUAGCGACAUGCAUAAAAAAUGUCUCUGGGUAAUGGGUGUGAUGUGUGUAUUGAUUCUUAGCGGUUGUAUCGCAAUUCUCUUCGGACAAUGCACUCCGUCUCGCGCUCAGUGGGACUUUUCUAUCACGGAGAAGACAUGCAUUAACCCCUAUAUUCUUGUGAACUAUUCUAUCUUCGCAGGUGCCUUCUCUGGAUUUGUUGAUUUGUAUCUGGCAGUGUGGCCGGCGACGGUUCUAUUCUCACUACAAAUGAACUUGAAGAAGAAGAUGGCCCUCAUCUUUGCCCUAGGAUUGGGUUCAGUUGCCUGCAUUGUUGCUAUCUACAAGUGUACUCGUAUUCCCGGAUUGGCAAGUCCUGACUUCACUUAUGACACCGCCGACUUGACGAUCUGGACUUGUGUCGAAGGUAGCACCAUUAUCAUCGCGACAUGCAUCCCGACCCUACGACCUCUGGCGGAUCUUCUAUUUGGUAGGGCUGCUUUGGGUGGAAGCUCUGGCGACCGACACGGAUACAAGCACUACGGAACGGAGCGAAGCAACAACACCAGGGACGAUCUCGAGAUGGGUGGAUCGAAGAAGCGCAAGAUUAAGGGACCUUAUGACUUGGAUACUCGCAUGGAUUUGGAGACUCGUAUCGACCCGGUUAACGAAGGCAGCCAAGAAGAUAUCUUGCCGCGAGAUGGAGCGAACCCGACAAGCAAGCGUGGCGAUGGUAUUGUCCGGACACAAUCAGUAACCAUCCAGUAUGGCAAGGAGGACAAUAGUCCAGCCAAGAAGUACGAAGAGUGGAAAUGAACAACGGGCGGGCUGGGUCGGUGACUAUCCACGAAUUGACGCCGGCCUAGACACUUCGGCGAUAAUGAAAGCUACGCUGGUGUGCCCCGACUUUAUUCAUUCGUUCGUUUACGUUAGGGUAUUGGAAAAUAUGUGUAUUGUUA